AUGUUCCCGCCAAUCUCCUUUAACGCCAUCUACAGGCCCCCCAUGAUCAGGGAUUGGCAGGAACUUGUCCACCCACUGGGCGGUACAUAUUACUAUAACAACAGAAAGAAUGCCUACACUUCGAUGAACAUUGGUCAUUACCAGGAUCUACAGAGGCUCGAUGAUUUCAUCAAUGCAUCACGAUCGGCUGCGAAAGAAGAUGGGUGGGUGCUGGUAGUGUACCCGGCUAUUUUUAUGGGAGAGCAGAGGUUUCAAUACUACUAUGUGGUCCCGGACUACCAGAUCAUCACCUGGUUAGAGGAUAUGGAUGGUCACAUCCUUUUCGGAGAAUGUGUCAACCCAAGCAAAUGGCGCCAUAAAAGACUUGAACUGGAGGCCCAAUAUUGGCGAGUGGCUGACCUACUAUGUCGUUUAAUCAAAAUGAACUUACUGGAUUGUCGCUCACCACUUCACAGGAAACAUUUCGAAUUCUUUCCGCACAAUUUCCGAAUGAACACCUCACAAGUGAGACGCAUAAGGAGAGAGAUGGGCUGCUAUCUCGGAGGUGAGCCCGGUGGUACUACAGCUACAAUCAGAAUAACCGAUUCAAGCACAGAAGCAACGACUUUAAGUCAAUCCACCGCCGCUUCCAUGUUCUGGACGUUAGACCAGAUGAAUCAAGUUGUCAAUCAACUGGCCAGUAUCGAAGACCUUGCAGAAAAUGACUCUAUUGAGGAGACCGGUGUUGCAGAAUAUUGCCAUUACCAAUAUCUCAAUCGCCAUAACCAACCUGAGGCUCGCCUGAUUCGAAAGCACGCUGUGAAAGAGAGGCCUCGAAAUAAUAGGCUUUUUUCGUUCAUCGGCAAUGCUGCAGCUAUGGUGCUGUGCGUGCCAGUCACUAUUGAGCGCAUUCAGACCACUUCUGUUGAUGGAAUUGUGAAUGGUGUAGAAGUUCGACGAUUUGUCAACGACUUCAGCAGCCAAGCUAAAAGUCAAAUAACCCUGGCAGGUGUUUCAAUGGCCCUAGACGUCGCCAUCCUUGCUAUUCCGGGUUUAGGAACAUCAGCAAUCGCACAGACGCUGUGCUCCUGUUCCUUGCUUUUAGGUGUCGGCUGCAUUUUUGCAGGAAAUAUGGUGCAACACUUCGGCGAGAGAAUGGGAUCCCUAGAUUUUGCGGCAUAUUACCUUCGUAAGAAGAAAAUGAUGCUUAUCAUCAUUACAAGCAUACCCACUUUUUUUUGUGUACUAAGUGUGAUCGGGUCCAUCUUGGGAUUUCUUUCAGGUGUCAUUACGGACUUGAGUCCAUCUGCACCCAUAAUUAUUGCAUGCAUCGUUACUCUUUGCAUCGUGGCGUGUCUCUUAGUUGUAUUGGUGAUUGCUAGCUAUGGUCCAAGUCUGGCUCGGAUGCGGCCACAGUAA